ACUAUAUAAAACCACAAUUUCCCUCAAUCAAAUCCCAAUUACAAUGGCUUAUUCUCCCUUCUUAUGGCUAUGCUUUCUCACCUACCUCAGCCUCUCCCUUGCUCAACCUCCGGCCGCCGCCCCUUCCACCUUACCAACACCAAACACACCUCCGGCCACCACCCCUUCCGCCUUACCAACACCAAAUCCGCCUUCAAUCGCACCACAAAUUGCUAGCAAUACUCCAAUUCCGAUAUCAUCACCAUCAUCUUCAACACCAAUUUCCUCACCACCUUCUCCUCCACCUCAAACUCCGCCACCAACAUUACCACCAUCACCCAUAAUCUCUCCACCACCUCCGGUCCUCCCUCCGGCUCUCCCGCCAACACAAGAAUCCCCUGCUCCCGUCCCAUUGCCACCAAUCUCAACUCCAGCUCCGACACCAUUCCUCCUUCCUCCGGUUCCAGCUCCAGCUCCCGGGAAACACAAGAGGAAGAGGAAGCAUAAGCACCGGAGACAUCAUGCUCCAGCACCGGCACCCACACCUCCAAGUCCUCCGGCACCUCCGGCGAUUACGGUCUCCGAUGACGACACACCGGCACCUUCACCAUCUUCGAAUUUGAAUGGAGGGAGUUCAUUUCAAGAACAGGGUGAUAAAUUCAGGAUAUGGGUGAAGGUUGCAGUUGCAAUUGCUGCUUUCAUUAUAACCAUCGGAUAAGAUAUCUUCUUAUCCUUCUUCUUUAUUAAUUAGAGGAUGAUUGAUUUAUUUGUUAAUAGAUUGUAUACAAUUCCAAUAAGGUUCUGAUAUAUAUAUAUAUAUUAUAUAUAUACAGUUUCAAGCUUUCAUUCUGUCA